AUGCACGCGGGAUGCUACGUCGAAGUGCCGUGGGAGAUAGCGACGAAACGAGCGGUGGUCAACAUGCGCUCGACGGACAACAACGCGUGCUUCGCGUGGUCGGUGGUCGCUGCUCUGCACCCCGUGGAAAGACACGCGGAUCGGGAGUCGUCGUAUCCGCAUUACGAAACGGUGCUCGAGUUCGCGGGUAUCGAGUUUCCGAUGACUCUAAAAGACAUUACGAAAUUCGAACGUGCGAACGACGUGUCGAUAAACGUGUACUGUAUCGAGAAGGAGGGGGGUGAACUAUCUGUUCUUCCGAUACAAUUGACCGGUCGAAAGAUGGAGAGGCAUGUCAACCUGUUGCACAUGCAGGAUCCACGAGACAGCAGCAUCGGCCACUUCGCGUGGAUAAAAAAUCUGUCCCGCCUCGUGAGCUCUCAACUCAGCAAGAAGCAACACAAGAAAUUCUUCUGCGACAAAUGCCUGCAUUACUUCAGCUCGCAGGAACGACUGGAUGCCCACACCGUGGAUUGCAACGAGCUGAACGAGUGUGCGGUAGAGCUGCCGAAAGAAGACGCGAAAUGGUUAACGUUCAGCAAACACGGUAACAAGGAACGUGCACCGUUCGUCGUGUACGCCGACCUGGAGUGCGUUCUAGAGAAGAUGGACCCGAAUCUGCCUGAAUCUCAACACCACAAGGUACACAGUAUCGGAUACUAUGUGCACUGCUC